AUGCCUUUACUAUUAGUACAGGCGGCUAGUAGCCAAGAUUCUACGCUUCCCUUGCGUAUCGGCGACGCGUUUAAAUUCGCCCCGGUUGCUCUUAGGGACGUUAUAAAUGUUGCAGCUCACGUUCUGACGGGAGCUGGCAAGCACGGGUUUCACGAUCAGCACCGUGGCCAUAUGAUGGCGCUUGGAGUAGAUCUAAAGUUCAAGAACAUUUCCCAGGCGGAAGCUACGCAUGUCCUAGCCUCCCAAAGUGCCAUUAAUGCCUCAGAGCAGUACUAUCUUCUCGAGUAUUACAGUUUAGUGCGAGGUGGCAAGACAAAUUACAUCUCAACUGCGGCCUUCCAUGACGUUAUAUGCGAGCACCCGACAGAAUCAAGCCAAUUUUUCGAGUUAUACAAGAGUGAAAUCAGACCCAAAAAGUACUAUUCUAGUGACACUUCAGCGCUUGCCCGACCGUUUAGUUUCACGCACGCUCUAUAUAAUUGA